AUUGAUUACUUAAAAAAACAUAAAAUCUAAGAAAAUUAGUAAAACCAAACCCACUCUCGUAUUGUCCCGCACAUGGUGGCCUAUUGACCACCCCUUGCGAAUGUGCGUAGGACUAAUGAGACCUGGGAUCAAAUCCCAGUUUUUCUCUAUUUACAUCCGUCACUGCUCUGACCCCGGGAACAGCGGGAGCGUGAGGCGGCUUCCAGGGAUCGGUAGUGGGCGGACAAGACGGCUGUCACGUGGGCUUGAGGCGUCCGUGAUUAAGGUCACGGGGUUUCGUAGCAAUACUAAAGGCUGGCUAAGACGUUUCCGCCAUGGUUUACUCCGAGGUCAAGCACCAUAUACUCGGCAAAGGCAAGCCAGAUUAGCGUCCCACACGACAUGCCCCGUCUGUCGAGCUAACCUCGUGCCGCGAGCCGGUGACCCAGUGGCUCAACCCAUUGAGUUUUUAUGUGCCGAGUCAGACCUGGAGGCUCAAGACGUAGUCAUGGAAUCAGAACCAGAGGAUGAACAGAGAUUAAAUACAAACACCGUGGUGGACGCAACGGCGCCGACAGAAGUAAUUGACGGAAAUCAAACUUUGAAUAGGAGCCACACAAGUGGUUCAGGAUCAAGUUGCACUCCAAAAUUCCCUCGUUCACACACCACCGGCCACUCUUUAGUCCAACCGGGUGUGAACACCGACCGGUUCACUUUACGGCUACCAGUUGACGUCCGCAAGCAGGCGAUGAACCUGCAGCUGAACCGGACCACCAGCAUGAUGAUAUUACCAAGAGAGGGGAGCGCAGGGAGCGCACGGAGGGGGUACCGAACCGGCGGCGAAGGGAGCAGUAGAGGAAAGCAUUAUAGGCUGUCUGAUAAACCGGACCGACUAGGCAAGUCAGACCCGUGGGUGUUUAGCAUGACACCGCCCUUUUUUAGCAGAGCCUCCUCCAUUAAGUCACCCAAAGUAGCACCGAAUUCUGCCGAGGCAACCUCUGCUUUGCCGGCUGCAACAGUGGUUGACUCUGUUCGGCCACCGUUCUAAUGCGGUUAAUAUCUUUUUUUUUUUUUGAAUUUUUUCCCACAAUUUUAGAAGUUGUUUUCAAUAAUGCUGCGGACUUUUGUGUCCAUAUGUAAAUUGUCUAUACAAUUUUUUUGUUUCUUUCUUCUUUAAUUCUUUUCGUUUAUCUUGAAUUUGAAUCUGAAUUUUGAAGGGUGGCCCUUAGUAGGAAUAUUAUGGCUAAAAAAAUUGAACUGAAAAU